AAGUUAAUCGACUGUCGAUUAUUUUCUGACAUCCCCAGUUGUCUUUGCUCGUCUCGUCUGUCUUUCUUUCGUUCUUGUUCUCGCCGUCUCUGCCAAACAGUCAACAGCGCAAAUUUUCCGGUCGGUCAGGAAAUUAUUUUCUCGUUUAAGUAGGUGUUUCUUGUUUCAAGGGUUUAUAAACUGUUAAAUUCAGUCUAUUGUUUGUUUAUUCCUGUUUAUUCCAGCUGUUCACUCGAAACCGGUCUCCCGUGCCACAAACUAAAUAUGCCGAAGAACAAGAAGCAGGAUACUUCCGAUUCCGAUUCUGGUCCGGAUGAUCGCACACCGGUAAAGAAAACCAAAACCGACUCCGCUAGCACAACCAACGCGGACGGCGAAGCGGAAUGGACCAUAGAUCGCAAUCGGAAGGUUACGGUGAAAGAGUUCAAGGGUAAGAUUUACGUCAACGUGCGGGAGUACUAUGAGAAAGACGGUCAAUCCCUGCCGGGCAAAAAGGGCAUCAGCCUUACGGUUCCCCAGUGGAAGAAGCUGAUGGAACAUGCCGAUGAAAUUAACGAUAAAAUUAAGACGUUUUAGGAAGCGCUGUGUGGUCGGGUCAGAGUGGGUCAGUUUCUCGUCAAUCCGCGUUGAUAUGAGAAAUGGGAUCCAUAGUCCGAAGAUGAUGGUUGAUUCCAAAUUUUAUUGGUUUAAUCAUGAUUACCAGUACUUAGCCCAGUAAGUUCGAAGCUGCUUCCGACAUCUGCCUUCAGGUGUACGGUAAUGCGGCUGUCUCUGUUAUCGCUCUAACUAAUAUACAUAUUGGAAUAUGAUAAAAUUAUUGUCAAUAAAUUGUUGUUACUCCAGUAGUA